AGAAGAUUGACUACACAAUGAAAAGCAUUCCUGCCCCUGGCUACCAUAAUUAGGCUAAAACUUGGAUUUACAUUUGAGGGAGUCACUAACACUUAACCUUAUUCUUCUCUCCUCUAUCAAAGUGACAGCAUGGGGGAACCCAGGACACUCUUAAUGAACGACUGAAAAGCUGACAUGGAAUUCACAAACCAGCAUGGCUGUUUGUACAGUAUAUAAAUGAAGAAUCGUAGAGGGAACUGCAGAAGGAGACUUUCAUUUAAGGUAACAAUGGUGAGUUGUCAGUCCUCUGCAAGACUGAGUUGUCUGUUCUUCCUUCUUGUUUGUUAUGAAGUCCCUGCGGAGAGAUGCACAGGGGGUCCGUCCUGUACCAGCGGCUCUACAGACAGUGACCAACAAAAACCAUGUGUUGGCACCAGAUGCCCGGCCAAAGCCAACAGAGCUUCUCGUUCAUCCCAACACACAGCUAGCAGUGAUGGCUUUUUACAACCUGGGAGAGCUAGCCAGCAGCCCUCCGCAUCCUCAAGAGCUGAAGUUUCAGGUACCACAGACACUUGGGGAGGAGCUCCACACCCAAACAACAAUGCCACCAAGGACUGCAAAGGAAUUGAAUGCAAAUUGCCCCUGCGGAUCCGCAUGAAGUCUCGAGGCAGAGUUUUGUGCACCGGGGAGGGGUGCCCACCUGCAGAAGGGCAGCAGGGUAUUGUGCGUUUGUCAGACAGAGCGGCACACUUCAUUGGUGAAGUACCGGAAUUCCAAUACGCCAAUGCAGAACUGGGAGGAGCUCCACUAGGAGUUCAGCUCACCUGUGAUAUCAAGCCAGGAGAGAAUGAGGUCCCAUCAGAAGAUGCUUUGAUUCUCCAACUUCAGCUAGCCAAAGGACAAGAGAAGUUUGUGGAGGCCCUAAAGAGCCAGCAAAAGACAAUAACUGAAUUGCAACAGAAGCUGUCAGAACAGCAGAGCUUACUAGUGAACCAGCAGCGGGAAAUCCUUGAUCAACAAAGGAGGAUGUAUGAGCAAAUGGACAUGAUCAAAGUCCAGUACAGCAUUCUGUUUGACACAGUGAAGCAGAUGUCCUUCCAAAGCUUGCAGGAGGACAUUCAGCAGUACUUCGAAGCUCAUCUCCAAGGUUUGCAGAACCAGGUCCGUAGCCACCUCCAGAAAACCUAUUCUGUGCAUAAAAUGGAUGUGGAUGCCAAUAUUAUCGAUGUCGGUGCUGGUGCACCUCUACCUGACUGUGGCCCCUGUGAAGGUGAUGAGUUUUGCAGUUUCCAAAAGUCACCUCCGCAAUGUGAAAAAUGUACUCUGUGUCCUGCUGGAUUUUUCCAAAUGUCUGACUGCACGGAAAAUGUUGACCGAAUUUGUCAGGACAGAGAUGAAUGUAUGGAUACACCAAGUAUAUGUGGAGAGAAGAUAAAAUGCCUAAAUACUCCAGGUGGCUUUAGAUGCCUCGGGGUUCCUGAAAAGGAUGCUGCUUUGGGACUUUGUGGCGAUCAAUACUUUUUCAAUAAAGAUCUGCAAGAGUGCCAGGCCUGCUCGGAGUGUGAAGAAGGUGUUGUUGCUUUUCCAUGCACAGCAGAUAGCGAUACUGUGUGCACAAUGGCAAGCGAGAGCAAGCUGUUCGAAUCAUGGUCUGCUGGCUUGUCAGUGCCCUCACCUAAAAUGGCUAGCUCCCAAAUAUACCCAGGUCUCAGCUUGAAGAUCAAGGAAAAAGUCAAAUGUGAUAUUUUGUCGCCAGAUGACAACCAGAUCGUGUUCAAACAACAUGGGCUACUAUGGGUUGACCUUAACUUCGCAGUAAGACAUAACUGCAGGAAUUUUCUACAGCUUUCAUUAAAACUCAACAACAGUGAGGAAGGCUACGAGUUAAGUGGUUCACGGAUAGAGCAGCCAGAUGGUAAAUAUUUUCAGAGCACAAGUAUAAGUUCUGCUGCUGAAGUUGAGCCAAGCCAAACUUUAUCUGUGGUUCUUAAAAGCCCCAACCAGUUCUGCAAUCAAAGCAAAGACCUGCAUGUUUAUGAUCUGAACAUGCCACUUAGUUUGUUUUGGUUGUCUCAUGAUACAGGUGCAGUGGCCAUGAGUGCUCAAAUGUCUACAGCAAUGCACUACCAAACUAACUACAGGCCAACAUUUAGGAUCUUAUCUGUAUCUGACCCGUACAUGAUCAGCUUGACCCAUGAUGGAAGAAGCAUUAAGUUUACUGAAUCUGGUGUUGUUAAAUUUGUUUUCCAGCAAGCUCUCUACUCCAUGGGUCCCACCUGUGUGCGGGAAGGUUUUAUUCUCCUUUCCUACAUCAACAGAAAUGGAUCCAAUGCAGAAUUAAUGCAGGUCUUUAAGUCUGGUGUUAAUUAUAGAGAUACAUCUAUCUCAGCAUCCAGCGCAGCCAAGGUCAAUUCUGGAGAUAUAAUAAGUUUUGAAGUCCUUUCUCCUGCACAAUGCAAUGUUCGAUAUUUUGGAGAAAACUCUGGAAUUAGCAUGCUAAGCCUAAUAUGGAUUCCCACUGGUAUUUCCACUGCUAUCACAGCUUCAGUGUCUGCAACUGGAUUACCCACAGGGGCGGUCAAGAACAAACUCUUGAGCUUCAGUCAGGAUUUGCCACAAGACAAAAUUAUACAACUCAUCUCCACUGGCCAGCAUGCCCAUAAAUAUUUUAAGUUCACUGAAAAUGGCGGAGUAAGUGUUUCUUUCAACUUAAAAUUAAUCCACUCAUGCAAUGUAAUAAAGGUGACAUUGAAUACCAAGAUAAGUGACCAAGCACAACCAUCCAUAGUCACUCAACAAAUUGGUGGUCAAAUGCCAGAAGGCACUCAAUGGACUAGUGUAUCUCUCCGCUCAUCUUUUGAUGUAGAAAAUGGCACAUUUUUAUCAGUUUCGCUUGAUUGCAUACGUGGAAGAAUCAACCAGAUUUCAACUGAGAAAGGGACAAACUUAUCUAUCUUAUGGGUGUCAUCAUAGAUUUUUUCAAAAUGUCACCUAUAUGAACACUGCUCAGACUACGGUUUAAGCUGAACGUGUAACUGAGGAGAUAAAAUGAAUCUUCCAUGUCGGUCUUCUGGUGUAUGAAUUAUCAUGUUUAAUAAUGAAAUCAUGAAUCAUACACUUUUAUGGUUCACUCUAGCAGUGCGUAGCAGCAUUACCAAGACUAUAUUUUAUCAAAUGAAGCAUGGUAUAUUUGCUUUGCCAUGAUUUAAUAUACAGGAUUUUAGUCACCAAAAAUUAUACCAUCAACAAAGCUGCUGCAGAAUUUAAAGUAUGCUGGAGUCAAAAUAAAAAAAAUGGGAAGAAAAGGAAGAAAGUGACCCUUGCAAUUGGGACCUCAAGUACUGCAAGGGAUAAAUGUUUCUUUCAUCUAGGAAAGGGGUCUCCAAACUGCGGCCCGAGGGCCAGAUGUGGCCCUUGCUAGCCUUUAUCCGGCCCUCAGGCACUAUCCCUC